AUUCACCAUUAUUUAUAUAAUGUAUGUUCAUUAUCCUAUUUAUCACUGUUAAAUGAGUUUGAAUUUUGAGAUUUAUACUUAUUCAUUACAUGAAUCUCGAAAUUUAAACUCAUCUAACGGUGAUAAAUAAGAUGAUUGAGCACUGGUGUGGUAAGCAAAAAUGCUAUUUUUUAUCACUCAGUCACCGCCACAAAACAAACCACAACCCACAACCCCCCCCGGCCCCCAAAAACACAAAGCAGUACAGAAAGAAAGACAUGAGUUGUUCUUCUUAGCGCCGGAAUUCCUGGUGGUGGACUUCGUUGUUGUCUUAAAAUCCUUGGCGCGACGGCAGGCCGGGUGUUUGAGAGACCAAAAAAGAAGUAAAAAAGCUCCAUGAAGGCUUCUGGAUUCUGGGUUUUGCCUUUUGUGCUCGGAAUACUUGUAGUGUUCUUCCUCAGUGUCUCCAGCAGCAGAAAUGGCUCCUUAUUUCCGGAUAGUCUCUUCAACCUCCAUGCUGUUGGGCCAAAAAUGAUUGUUACAAACAGAAAGCUCAAGGGGAAUGGCUACACUCCAAGGACACAGAAGAAGGGCAGUGCUGGCAAUGUGAAUCUGGAUGAUUACCGCCCCAUUGAUCCUUCUCCGAAUUCGAAAGCUUCCAUCAAACAUGGUCCGAUCGAGCACGGUGCGCCUAUAAUCCCGUACAUUCCGAAGCCUUCGCCUCCUGCUCGUCCCAAUCCCGGCGGUACUCCUUAGCCAGCUUUAGACCUGUUCCUUUCAUUACUAGAAUCUUGAUGUUAUCGUCAACUCCGAAGUUGUUUAAACAAACCUUCCAUGCAUAUUUUGUGUGUAACGCUCUUGCAGAUUUCAGAAUUCAGACUACUUGUGUCGUUUUAUCAUGA